AUGAUUACAAGCCUAGUGAGCAGAAUACUUGGAAGCUCUGGAACUGGGUCAAGCUCUGGACCAAAUAUUGGAAAUGAUUCAUCUUUGAAGAUUUCAGAAGAGCGCUCAAUAUAUUGUGCGUCAUCUUUAACAACUUUCUAUAGGCCAAAAAGAUUGAAGAUUGCAAUAUUAGAUCACAUUCCAUGUAAUAUAGACAGUUUAAGUAUUGAGUUAUUUACAAUUCAAAAGUCUGGAAAUUUCAAGGAGUUUAUUAUGUCACAUAUUCACGACAUGAAGAAGAGUAAAGUCCCUCGGCAAACUUUGAUAAUGAAUGGAUAUUCAUUUUAUAGCGUUAUCUCAUCUUCUAGAACAGAAAACUGUCAAGAAUGCGCUAACAAUGUUUGUUCAUCUCUGGUUGUAGACUUUACUAGAAAUGCGGAUAAUGGUGAAUCAACUUAUUUAAUUUUUCAGGGAGAGAUGAUUUUGAGGAUUUAUGAUAGAAAGAAUGGACUCAAUAUCUACUCACUAGCAAGGGGAGGAAAUCCGGAUGAUGUGAUACAUAUUACAAAGGACGAUAUUAUAUUAUCUAUCCCCAACUCUUUUGCACCAUCUCAAUGUUUUAAGCUGGAUCUUAUAAUGUAUUCAGCUAUAGGUUGGGCUAGGCAUGACGAAAUUAAUCGCCAUUGCCCUACAUAUAUUAAUUGUUCUUUACCAAAGAAUGAAAAUAUUAAUCAAAAUAAGCAAUUUUCGGUUUCAUUAUCUCAAAAUCUAACUAUUUGUAGCAAAGAAGAAAGUCCAAAGAGAGGUUCUACUACGAAUAAAGAUGAUUCUAAUAUAGAAAAAAUCUCAUGCACAAAUACUUCGACAAAAAAUGAUUCUAAUAAAGGUACAGUCCAUAGUAAUAAAGAAAGGAACAUCCAUCCACUUGCUAAGGCUUUUGGUUCUUUCAAAACUGCAGAACUUAGUAACCAACCCGAUUCCAGUGAUAAUCCAGAGUCCAAUGAAGAUCCAAAGCCCGAAUAUGAGACAGAGUCUGUACCUGAACAGACUUCUGGUUCGAAACCUGGAACUUCUCAGCUGGUUGCAUUGCUGAGAGCAAAAGCUCCCCCAUUACCACUAAAUAUUAAAUCUCCAGGGAAACCAAAAGCCUUUCCUCUCAAAGGAUCAGAAAAGGAUUCAAAGGGUAAGUCCAUUCAGGAUAAAAAGAAGGUUCUUCCAUUGGGUAGAAGAAUUCAUUGGAAGCCAUUAACUGAGGAAAUGGCUCAGAAGACAAUCUUUCGUGAAAUCUUGUAUACUUCCUUAAAUUCUCAUACCCAGUCUCCUCCUGUCUCUCCUAGCGACUCCAGUAAUUUGAGUUCACCUGUGAAUUCUUCAAUCGAAGAUCUUCAACUGAAUAUUAUGGAUGAAUCAAAGACAGGAACGGCUUCUCCUGAACCAGAUUCUGUUUCUCCAAUGGCUAUAACGGAUAUUCACAUGGCAAAUACUCUGGUUCAUAUGGAAACUUUAUCUAGAGUGUUCACAAAAACAGGGAAUACAAUGGGAGCCCAAGGAGGAACUUUAGAAAGAUUGAAUACUGGUGAAUAUAAAGAAGUUUCUAAUAAAAUUUCUUCACCAGGAAGUUUUAACAGCCCUGAUUUACUUAACCAGGAUAAAUGUUCGGAUCUUUCAAGUCAAACCAAAAAAUCUUACGAUAAUAAAAAUGGAAGGAGUAGCAAAUCAUCAAAGGAUGAACAAAUUAGUCAAUCCAGUAAUACUUCAUCUCAAAAACAGCUACCUCUGACAUUCUUGUCACAAAAAAGAGCUCAGAAUAUGGCAAUAGUUUUGGCCAGGUUAUCAGUACCAACAGAUUAUAUUAUAGAGAUAUUAAACUCUUUCAAUAUUUCUAGUUUGACUCUUGAAGAUUAUGAAAGAAUCGAACAAGUUCUACCAACAGAAAUGGAAUUGGAGAAAAUCAAAAGUAAUUCAAAACAAGAGCUUCACCAACUAGAACAGUUUUUAAGCCAAUUUUCUCAUAUUUCAAAUCCAAUGACGAGACUACGUUUCCUCAAGUUUGAACACAUUCUUGACGCAUCAGAAUUUGACAUUCAAAGAAAUUUAAAUACUCUUUAUUCAGCUUCAGUUCAAAUUAGAAACUCAAACAAAUUGAGAUUAAUUUUAAAAGCUUUCUUACUUCUGGGAAAUUAUGUAAAUCAUGGAAUUAAUUUUUCCACAAUGAGUAAUAUAUCUUCAAUUUCCCAUGUUGCUAAUAAUGGUUCUAUUAAUUGGUCACUACUCGAAACUAAAGGUUUCUCUUUUUCAUCACUAUUAAGAUUAGUUGAAUUUAAAACAACCAUUGAUCCUUCAUUUACUGCUCUUCAUUAUAUUAUAGCCAAUUUAUCUCUAACAAAUCCAAAGCUUAAUUUAAACCAGUUUUCAACAGACCUACAUGCAGUUUCAGAAGCCUCAAAGAUUUCAGUGGAAGCUUUGUUCUCUUGUAUUAAUGAUAUGAGAAAAGAACUUGCUAUUUUAGAAGUAGAAAAGCAAAAAUUCACCAAUGACAGAGUUGAGAAUCUUUUCGAGUCAUACUCAAAACGUCUAGAUGCUUUAGUUGAAGGCUACCAUAGAAUUGUUGAGAAGGUUGUAGAUACUGCCUUAUAUUUUGGCCAAAAUUUACCUGAGGGGAACAGGGCAUCAAUAAUUCAACCAUUUUUUGAAACUAUGAACAUAUUUAUAUUACAAUUUUCAUCAUGCUGUAAAGAUAUAAGAGAAAAACCAUCAAGAUUUUCUCCUUUACUUGUUGAUUCCUCAUUAGUUUUCCCAAAUGACAAAAGUUUAAACUCUUCAAGUUUAAGUUUAAUUCACGCUCCAUCAAAGAUCAACUCUACAAACACUAGUUCAAUAUCCUCAACACCCUUAGUUGAAAACUCUCCAAAUGAGUCAUUGGUAAAAAUUCCAGAUAUUACUGAUUCCAAUUGUCCUGAAAAGACAGAAAAUAAAGUUUUGGAUAAAAAAGAGAUUCAACCCCAAUACAAUUCAAAUUCAAAAAACAGUAAAUACAAGGAGUCAUUCUCAUCUAACAUGAAUAACAAGAGUAAAAAGGAAGCUGAAAACCUUAUAAUAAUUCAUUCUUCAAGAAAUAAUGCUAUAAAACUACCUAUUAGACCUCCUCCUCCCAUUACUUUGAAGAAUCCCAAACAAGCUAAUUACCCAUUAUAA